AUGGAUACCUAUACCCACCGUCACCGGGGUUCCUCUGUCGGAGAAAUAAACGUUGGUGAUACAGCUGCUCCAGGUCUUUCCACUAUGCGUACCUCCAAAAGGCAGAGAAAAAUGUCGGAUGCAAGAAUUGUAGCUUUGAGCUGCGAAUCAAGCUCAGAUAUUGCAAUAUUGAAGAAAAUUGGCAUUGCUUCCAGGGAAUUGUGCUAUAGACAUACUUGGAUAGUUCCGCUCCUUGUAUUGAUUGCAUCAUAUAGUACUUACUGGUUGUCUGGUGUCGAUACCCGGCUUCAUCGUUUCUUGGAAGCCUUAGUUGUUCCAUCUUACAAGAUUCCUGGAACAGACCAAUAUGGAAAGGGUGAAAAUGACUUUUAUUUCGUUGGUUUCUACGCUAUUUUUUUUACUUUCUUAAGGGAAUUCGUAGUGGUGUGCGUAUUGAGACCUUUGGCAAAAGCUUUGGGCAUUAAAAGGGAAUCAAAGGUAAAACGAUUCAUGGAACAGGGCUAUGCCAUCUUUUAUUACGGUUUAUCUGGUCCAGCCGGAUUAUGGAUAAUGUCAACUUUACCACUUUGGUUCUUUGAGACUACACCGUUCUAUGUCAACUAUCCGCACAAGACUCAUGACUUCUAUUUCAAGGUCUAUUACUUAGGUCAAGCUGCUUUCUGGGUUCAGCAGUCAGUUGUAUUGAUUUUACAAUUAGAAAAACCUCGUAAGGAUUUCAAAGAAUUGGUCUUGCAUCACAUUAUCACUAUUGCGUUGAUUUGGAGUUCGUACAGAUUUCAUUUCACUUGGAUGGGCUUGGAAAUAUUCAUUACUAUGGAUGUUUCAGAUUUCUUCUUAGCUUCAUCGAAGACCUUGAACUACUUGGAUUACGCAAUUUCUGGCCCUUUCAUUUUUGUUUUUGCCUUGAUUUGGAUUUACCUCAGACACUACGUGAACAUCCGAAUCUUGUGGUCUGUACUAACUGAAUUCAGAACUGUCGGAGAAUGGGAAUUGAACUGGGAUACUCAACAAUACAAAUGCUACAUUUCCCAGCCAAUCGUCUUUUUCUUGAUUGCUGCCUUGCAAAUAGUCAAUUUGUACUGGCUCUUCUUGAUCUUUCGUAUUCUUUCGAGAUACAUUUUUGGAGGAGUCGCCAAGGACGAAAGAAGUGACGACGACUCCGAAACUGAGGAAACUGGCGAGGAGGAAACUGGCGAGGAGGAAGCCAAAAAGUACCAAUAA